AUGCCCAACUUCUCCGGCAACUGGAAGAUCAUCCGGUCCGAAAACUUCGAGGACUUGCUCAAAGUCCUGGGGGUGAACAUGAUGCUGAGGAAGAUCGCAGUGGCUGCGGCCUCCAAGCCUGCCGUGGAGAUUAAGCAGGAGGGCGACACCUUCUACAUCAAAACCUCCACCACCGUGCGUACCACUGAGAUCAACUUCCGGAUCGGAGAGGAAUUCGAAGAGCAGACUGUGGAUGGCAGGCCUUGCAAGAGCCUGGUGAAGUGGGAGAGCGAGAAUAAAAUGGUCUGUGAGCAGAGGCUUCUGAAGGGUGAGGGCCCCCGGACCUCCUGGAGCAGGGAGCUGACCAAUGAUGGCGAGCUUAUUCUGACCAUGACCGCCGAUGACGUCGUGUGCACCAGGGUCUACGUCCGAGAGUGA